UACUCUGUGCCGUUUGCGUGUGCGUCUGUUUUAUCGUUUAUUAUUUUCUUGAAGCAAAAAAAAAAAUAUUUUCACAAAUUACAAAUAAGAUAGAAAAACUUUGCAAAAAUGGUUACUCUAGGUCCUAAAAAGGACGGAAAUCCAAAUGUGGAGUUUUUCCAAUCACCCGAUUCUAUGCAAGGAUUCGAUACCAUUCGAGUUUGGUUACAAAAGAAUUGUAAAAAAUAUUUAGCCAACAGUCCAGAUCCGAUUACAAGCCAAUCGUUGUGCAAUUUACUCAUUCAAUUUCUUCAAUAUGUCGAAGCAAAGUUGGGCAAGAAUACGGCUGAACCAGCCACAACUCGAAUACCAAUGCGAUGCUUUUUGGAUUUCAAACCAGGUGGUGGAUUGUGUGUCAUCUUCGCCACAAUGUUCCGAUUCCGUGCUGAACAGCGUGGACGAAAGUUUGAUUUCACAAUUGGCAAGAAUCCUCAACGCAAGGAUCCCAAUAUUCAACUUAUGAUGGACAUUGAGCAAGCGUUGAUUGAGGCCGAUCUCUAUCGUACUCCUUACAUUUAUAUUCGUCCAGAAGUGGACAAGGCGUUGGCAGCUCGCUUGCGUGACAUUUUAUCAACUCGACGUGUAGAGAUAGUCUCUGAUGAAGAAGACGAGGUGACCCAUGUAAUUUAUCCUGUGGUUGAUCCUCAUCCCGACGAGUAUGCUCGUCCGAUAUUUAAACGUGGAAGUCAUAUCAUGUUGCAUUGGUAUUGCUUCCCAGAGUCUUAUGACACUUGGACUCUCAAUACAUUCGAUUUGCCCGAGAAUAUUCCAGAUAAUCCGGAAUCUCCAUCAGAGAGAUGGCGUGUUUCGGCAUCGUGGAUUCUCGAUUUGGAGCAAUAUAACGAAUGGAUGGCUGAGGAGGACUAUGAGGUAGAUGACAGUGGCAAAAAAAAGAUGCAUAAGCAUCGUUUGUCGGUGGAAGACUUGAUGUCUUACUCUGGGGAUGAGAAGAAGAGAUCAAGCAGCAAACAGAAGCGUCGGCGUUCACCAUCGCCCACUCAAAAGCCUGGCAAGAGGAAGCGCUCGCCUGCUGUCUUGCAUAAGAAGUCUCGCAGUGGAGAUGGUGAUGAUGAUGAAGAUCUUACCAGAGAUAUGGAAGAUCCAAUUGCCGAACCUAAUAUACAAGAGGUUAUAAAACCAUCGACAAUGCAGAGUACAGCCAGUCCGGCUCCUCCUUCCAAGUCUAGAGAUAACGACAUGAUGCCAAUUAAAGGAGGAACAAUGACAGAUUUGGACGAUGAUAUGGAACGUAAUGUCGGCAGUGGUAGUGGUGGGGUUAGUCAGAUUAUGGCUCCGAAUGAAGGAGAAAACUCGCAACCAGGAAAAACAAGUGAGAAUAGCAAUACACAAGAAUUCACAGCUAAAGAGGACAUGGAAGAUAAUGUUACCGAACAGACGCAUCAUAUUAUUGUUCCGUCGUAUUCGGCUUGGUUUGAUUAUAAUUCGAUUCAUGUCAUUGAGAAGAGGGCAAUGCCGGAAUUCUUUAAUAGUAAGAAUAAAUCGAAGACACCAGAAAUUUAUAUGGCUUAUAGGAAUUUCAUGAUUGAUACUUAUAGAUUAAAUCCAACAGAAUACUUGACUAGCACAGCAUGCAGACGUAAUUUAGCUGGUGAUGUUUGUGCUAUAAUGCGUGUACAUGCAUUCCUUGAACAAUGGGGCUUGAUUAAUUAUCAAAUUGAUGCAGAACUACGUCCCACUCCCAUGGGUCCACCACCAACAUCGCAUUUCCAUAUUUUGAGUGACACCCCAUCUGGUUUGCAAUCAUUAAAUCCACAAAAGACCCCACAACCAUCAGCUGCCAAAGCUCUACUUGACUUUGAUAAGAAAAAAGAAGGCACCAAAGAAGGCGAACCUGAAAAGUCAACUCUGCUCACAGCCGGAGCUGCUGUUAAAGUUGAAACUAUCGAAAAUGGUGGUGGACAAUUUGGACUCAAAUUGGAUCAAUACACAAAAAAACCGGCUGCAAUGAAAAAUCGCACUGCCGCCAGUAUGUCACGUGAAUGGACAGAUCAAGAAACUCUUUUACUACUCGAAGGCUUGGAAAUGUAUAAAGAUGAUUGGAACAAAGUGUGCGAGCAUGUUGGCACACGUACCCAAGAUGAGUGUAUAUUGCAUUUCCUUCGACUACCUAUUGAAGAUCCUUACUUGGAGGAUGAUGGUGGAUUCUUAGGUCCACUUGGCUAUCAACCCAUUCCAUUUAGCAAGUCUGGAAAUCCAAUUAUGUCUACAGUUGCAUUUUUGGCUUCUGUUGUUGAUCCAAGGGUUGCAGCUGCAGCAGCCAAGGCUGCUAUGGAAGAAUUUGCUGCUAUAAAGGAUGAGGUUCCUUCAUCUAUAAUGGAUACUCAUUAUAAAAAUGUUGAGAAAUUAAACUCAACUGGAAAGUUCGAUCCCUACGCUGGUUUAUCUAACAGUGGUAUAGCCGGAACAGGAGCUGACAAAGAAGACGAAGAUCCUUCAAAACCUCCUGUAGCAAUGCUAAUGCCACCUAGCACAUCUCAAGAUGAAGAGAUGAAAGAUCUAACCAAGAAAGAGGGUGCAGUUGAUUCUAGCAAUCCUGAAUCCCCCAAAUCCGAAUCUUCCUCCCAACCUUCUGCUGGAGUUGAGCCUAAUAAAUCUUCAAACCCCACCGUUUCAACAGGUUUAGAUGAAAAAGAAAUUAAAACUGAGGAAUCAUCAAUGGAAUCCACAUCGGGUAGUACCGAAGCUACAAAUGGUUCCAAGGAAAAUGGAGAUGGUAGUCGCAAACAAAUUUUCAAUGAAGCCAAUCUACAGACUGCUGCUGCUGCAGCUCUUGCUUCAGCUGCUGUUAAGGCUAAGCAUUUAGCCGCACUCGAAGAACGUAAAAUAAAAUCUCUCGUUGCAUUGUUGGUAGAAACUCAAAUGAAGAAAUUGGAAAUCAAAUUGAGACACUUUGAAGAACUUGAGACAACUAUGGAAAAAGAGCGUGAAGGUCUUGAGUAUCAGCGACAGCAACUUAUUACAGAGCGGCAGCAAUUCCAUUUGGAACAGCUUAAAGCAGCGGAAUUUCGUGCAAGGCAACAAGCUCAUCAUCGUCUGCAACAAGAGCAACAAUGGCAAGGCACUGCAGCUCAAGCACCACCAGGCGCCGCUGGAGUAACCCCAUUGCCUGGCACAACUGGACCAACACCACCAUCAUCAACAGGUGUUACAGCACCAACAGCAUCGCAACCAACAGCCCAACCAUCUGGAUCUGUUCCACCACAACCCGCCAGUGUAUUACAGAAUCCCGCUGUGCUAGAACCACAUUCCCAACAACCCCCUAUUAUACCGCAAGUUGGACCCGUAGUAGAGCCUAUUAUGCCUCCACAAGGACCUCCACCAGUUAAUCCAGGUGCUCUUCAACAGACUCCACCACAACCGAUGCAGCCACAACCACAGCCUCCAUCAGUUGUUCCCCCAACUAUCCUUCCAGUUCCACCUUCACCAUCGUCUCAAGCCUAGAAUUGGGCCACAAAAAUGCAUUGGCUAUAAAAAUAUUAAUAGUUUUAAGGUUUUUGCACGUCUUGUGCUAAAAAAAAAAAAUACACAGAUUAGCUGUAUCUUGAACUUUUUCUCCUAGACACAUUUUAAAAUGGCAAACUUCAUGAAACGUUCACUUUAAGAGAAUGAUUAAAAGUAAAUAAGUGUUGUUUAUUGACCAUAGAUUACGCUCGUAUCGGUAUUAGCAUAUAUAAAGCUAAGACUUAGUAAUUAUAGUGUUUUUUGAAAAUUCAAACUAAAAAUAUAUACAAUAACAAUAUUAUGUGUCUGCUGAAA